ACAUAAUAAGGCUGGGGAUGCUGGCUCAGAGGUUGAGAGCCCCUGAGUUCAAUCCCCUGUACAAAAAACAACAACAAAAAAUUCUCCUUAUUCUUUACACUAAAACUCACUCAUCUAAGAAUGAAGAGAAACAGGUCUCCAUCCAGCUGAAGGCAACUGGCGGUGUGACUUGUGCAGAUCACACACCCAUGCAGGGGGACACAGAAGUGAGACGGGUCCGCCUGCUCAGGGAGCCGUCAGGCAGAUGGGAGAAGCCCACAUGCUGCAAGUCAGAGAUGGCGCCUGGAUGGUCACAUGGGGGAGACUCAGGGAGCCAGGGGAGGUUCCUGGAAGAGAGGCCUGAUGACGGCCCUGAAGGACUCCAACAGGCACAAGAGGCUGGACAGAAGGUGCCAGGGAGGGACCAACCAAGAGAAAGUGCCAGGUGUGUUCAGGAAAUUCAAAAGCCUUUUGGUUUAGAGGAAUAAUGGGAAGGAGGAGGGUGGCUGAAUGUCUGGGCCAGAAGUUCAAAUUCUGCUUGAAAAGCAGCUUGAACAAAAUCACGAGUCGUGGUUGUGGUUGUGCCUGCAGCUGUUCUCCAUGAGUUGUGUUGUGUGUGUGAUAGGAAGACGCAGAGAGGUCUGUAGGUGAAGAGAGGAUCUAUGGGCAGCAGGAGGCCACUGACCACUGGACACCAGUCCAGGCUGGGACAAGACCCUGGCAGACGGGAGCAGUGGGACUGUACCUGGAGAGGCAGAGAGGCCAGCGCUGAGGGAGAGGAAAGGUGGGCGCAGGAGCAGCACCCCAGAGCCUCGGCCUCAGCGGCAGGGGACGAGGAGGGUGCAGGGGUGGCCAGGGGAACUGGAGGACUGGGGAAAUAGAGGAGCUGGCGAAGAGACAUGGCGAGGAACGUGGUAGGACAUCAGAGGACGGUGCAGUAGUGGACCAGGUAAAUGCCUCCCCACCACCAAGUCGUUCCGCCUGUCACCUCACUUAUAAAAUGAACCCAUGGAGCACUUUGAAAAAAGGACAGUGCUGAAUCAUCAGUCGCCUGGGAAGUAGGAAAAUCCACCCGAGCUUCAUUUAGCAGACUUCUCUGGAUAGACAAGUCUCUGGGAGAACCCUGAGAGUACUUUGAAAAUGCCCAAAGGAGGUGUUCUUGAAGGUGCUUUCCAGCUCGAACACACCAUGAGCCUCCUGCACUGACAAGGGACGUGACCCUGCUGCCUGGGCCUGUGCCCAAUACCCCAGACUUGGGCUUUUCCAGGAAAAACAGCUAGUGGGAGGCAAGAGGGAGGCGGAGCUGUUCUUGGAUUCCACCCUGAGGGCUAAAUUUCUCCCUCCACCACUCCUCGGUGGCUGCAUCUGUGAUACAUUAUCUCACCACAGGCUCCAGUGCUGCGCCAAGCCUUCUUCUCUGCCUGCUUCUCCUUCCCUUAUGCAAAGAGGGGGUUUUCUCUUCUGUUUUCAUUUGUUUCAUUUUUUAUUUCCAUUUGCUUUAAGGUCUCAUAAAAUACAAGGUUCCUGCUUAUCCAGCUCCAGCAAGUCCCCUUUACUCUCUGAUGCUGAAACAAGCCAUGACAAAUGCUUUCCAUUUUGAAAGACUCUUAAGUAAAUCCUCACAAAGCACAUCAUGUAUCUCAGCCUCCUUAAACUUUCCGUGUGUUAGAGUGUGAGUGUGUAUGUGGAUGUGGGUGCGAGUGUGUGUGAGUGUGUUAGCCUUGUAUUAUUGUUAACCAAUAACUGGCAGCAUGAACAAUAAAGUAUUCACUCUGUGGCUUGGGGGCCAGAGAAGUGUGAGGGGACGUUGGCCUGCGCUGGUCGAUCCCACCAUGUUUAUGAUGCAUGUUUUCUCCCCCUCUGCAGCUCCCCCCUGGGUGUGUGUUCAUCUUAUAGAUCUUCAGGGCUACUCUUCUUAUUCCUGUUCCCAGUUACCAUUUAGAUUAAAGCAAACCAACUUCACGCGUGGUUCUAAUGCCCACCUUCACGUCGAAGGAUGUUCUCAAACUAGGCUCCAGAAUGCGGUGGCCACUGGCCACACAGAGCCAUGGAGCACUUGAAAUGUGUCUGGUAUGACGAAGGAACUGAAUUUUUUAUCUCAACUGAUUUCAAUUUUGGACUCAGUUCAGUUAUUGUAGAACUUCUGAGUAUACUUGGAUCAACAUGGGUGAGUCCACUUUUUCUAGUGAAAAUUGAGCAUUUGACUGCUUAUGUGGAAAACACACAUCGUAUCUUGAAGGCAGUCUGAGAAGAAUGUGCAACAUUCUUGCAUCUUAAAAUCAUAAUAUUUUGAAUAUAUUGAGUCAAGUAAAAUAGACUUUAAAAAUUAAUCCACUUGUUUCUUUUUACUUUUUGAAAAACUGUGGCCACUAGAGAAUUUAAAGCCACAUAUGUGGCCCCCUCUGCAUUCCUACUGCGCAAAGCUGUUGUAAAGCCUUUUGCUAAGGCAUGGUCCAUGGGCCAGCAGGAUGUAACUCAAAGAUGGGACUAUGUUUUGGAAACUGUUAAAAUGCAGACUCUCAGGCUCACCCAGUCCUACUGAGUCAGAAUCCACACAUUAGUAAGAUUUUUCCCGGCAGCUCUUAGCAACAUUCAGAGGCACUGGGAUGGACAGCUGUGCUUCUCAGACUGGAGAGAACAACUGGGUUUUCUUCAUUUCCAAUUAACUACAGGCUAUUAUUUGUCAAAUGUAAUUAAAAUGAAUUUUUAGAAAAAAAUGAAAAGUACACCAACAAAAAUGUAUGAGAAACAAUUAAUUCAAAAUUUGUAUUGAGUCAAAAGUCAUAAGAUUAAUUUUCAUAAAUAUCACUAAACAUAGAAAAUAAUGACAAAAAAUGACACGUUGUUCUCUGUGCACAUAGGUAAUUAACACAGACAGCCACUAUUACACUUGUACCUUUCAGCCAAACAAAACACUCGGUAUGAAAUAGCAGUUUUCCAUAUUAAAUACCUGCAGACACACUUUGAAUACACAGUGUGUAUUGAUAUUUAAGGUUUUUUUUUGAUAUGAGGAUCUUGCUUCUUGCUUAUCAAGGUACCUAAUCUGAAUUGGAUGGAUGGAGAUAAUCUUUCAGUGGAACAAUGUAAAUCUACACUAAGUGUUGCCUAACAGUGCUCAGAGUAGGAAAACAAGGCUCAGGGGUGUGCUGACUAGAAUGAGGAAGAGGUUUUAACACCAUCUCAGCAAGUGCAAGGAAUUCUUUUUAAAGAAAAUAAAACUGCUAUGCAAUGUGAAGCAAACAGUGCUGUUUUUAAAAAUCUAUCUUCUUCCUUUCUCAGUAGUCAGUUCAAAUAAUUCAUUCUGUAAGUUUAUAUUUAAAGAUAAGGGUUUUUUUUCAGUGAAGUGAAAAGAUUCCGUAUUUUAUGCACUUAGGUAUGACAGUUUCCAACGAGGCUUGAACACCACACAUUCUGCUGCAGUUCUAGGUCUGCAGCUAGAGCACAGGCUGGACUCCACGCAACUCAAAGGAGACCAGGAAACGAGGCCCAGCUACGUCCUGUGCCACAAAGAGUUCUGCAUGAACUUGGGUGCUGAAUGGUGUCCCAUUGUUGCUGUAGAAGGUUCUGGAUGCUUACCCUCAAUUUCUGCAAGUAUCUUGUCACAGACUGGUGACCACCAGCUCAUAUUGGUACCUCCAUCACACGACCCUUGAUUAGUGCUGCUGUAGGUAUUCCAGUGAGAUAACAGAGCAAGGUUUAGAGCCACCUUCCCAGAGGCCUUUCAGCCUCCAGAUUUCUAGCUUUGUUCUAGAUCAACGAAGCUGUCGGAUAUGGAGUCACAGAUAGGCAGGUUAUUAAAAAAAAGUCAAAUCAACUGAUGAGAUCAGUCAUGUUGGUUUAAACCACAGAGGUAUUCAUCAUUGCUUUUUAGUCUCUAUGAUUGCUGCACAUUUCAUGCAGGUCUAGGUUUUCUACCUUAUAGAGGCAACAGUAAGCCCUCUACGUAUGUGAGGUUCAUGUUCCCUUAUUAUGUAAAUAAAAUAAUUUUGACUUCCCUGGAAAAAGAAACUAUACCAAUCCAAGAUAGCGAAUGACAUUGAAAUACAGGGACUUUUUAUAACCUGAAAUCAGGAGUGCAAUCCUCCACAUCCAAAGUCAGAUGCAACGUAAAGAUAUUACGAAACUUCUUGGGGCAGUCUUAUGAGAGGCUGAUGUUUACUUGUUACUCCAGUCAAAACGGAGGGUAGAAAACUGGUCAGAAUGUGCCAUCCACACAGUUGUUCAAUCUGGAAACCUUUGGCUGUUCUACUGGAGCCCCUAAAUCCAACUGCCCCGGCAUCCUAUGCCUUCUACCUACCACGGGUCACAGAUGCCAGCUUUCUGGGUGGCAACAGCCACCACCUCUAUUCAGGUCCUCACUAGCAAUCACAUAUUUGUGUUUUAGGCUCUUAACUGACCCUCUUCCUUUUUGUCCAGCCCUCUCUAAUCCAUCUUUUGUAGAUCCAGAAUAACUUUUCCAAAAUUUAAUAUGAAUCACUUCCAUUUUUAAAACUUUCAGUGGAUUCUGUGACCUUUCCGUAAAAAUCCACAUCCCUUAACUUUGGAUACAAACUUCCAUAAUCGGUAUAAUCAUUUCAGGAAUACACUGUGAAAACAAAGUAGGGAACAACUGUUCCUUGUCCAGAAACUGCUUCUCGGCUCUCAUCUCUUUCUCCAUUCUCCUGUCUUUGCAGUGACACUGCAUGAAUUUGAACAGGAACAUGUUGAAGAGGGUAGAGCCAGCCUCUACAAGUCUGUGGUUUCCAACAGCAGCAAGGAGAUGUCUUGUUAUUCGGAUUUUCCCUUCCCAGAAGAUUAUCCAAACUAUGUGCCAAAUUCUCAUUUCCUGCAAUAUCUCAAAAUGUAUGCAAACCAGUUCAACCUUCUGGAAUGCAUUCAAUUCAAGACCACAGUCUGCAGUGUGACAAAACGCCCAGAUUUUGACGUCUCUGGCCAGUGGGAAGUGGUCACAAUGCAUGAAGGGAAGCAAAGCUCGGCCACCUUUGAUGCGGUCAUGGUCUGCACUGGUUAUCUCACCACCCCGCAUUUGCCACUGGACUCCUUUCCAGGUAUACAUACUUUUAAAGGCCAGUACUUUCAUAGCCGACAGUAUAAAUAUCCAGACAUGUUUAAGGAUAAGAGAGUCCUUGUGGUUGGAAUGGGAAAUUCCGGCACAGACAUUGCUGUGGAGGCCAGCCACCUGGCAAAGAAGGUGUUCCUCAGCACCACUGGAGGGGCAUGGGUGAUGAGCAGAAUCUCGGACUCAGGGAACCCGUGGGACAUGGUGUUCACAACACGAUUUCAGAACAUGUUCAGAAAUGCUCUCCCAACUCCAAUUGUGAGUUGGUUGCUGGCAAGAAAGAUGAACAGCUGGUUCGAUCAUGUGAAUUAUGGCUUAGCACCAGACGACAGGGUGCAGUUAAGAGAGCCCGUGAUCAACGACGACCUCCCGGGCUGCAUCAUCACUGGCAAGGUGCAGAUCAAGCCCAGCAUAAAAGAGGUGAAGGAAAACUCCGUGCUCUUCAGCAACACCCCAAAGGAGGAGCCCGUUGACAUCAUCGUCUUUGCCACUGGGUACACCUUUGCUUUCCCCUUCCUCGAUGAAUCUGUUGUGAAAGUUGAAGGUGGCCAGGCAUCUCUGUACAAGUUUGUCUUCCCUGCGCACCUGCAAAAGCCAACCCUGGCUGUGAUUGGCCUCAUCAAGCCCUUCGGCUCCAUGAUACCCACAGGAGAGGUACAAGCUCGAUGGGUGGUCCAAGUCCUGAAAGGUCUGCAUACGUUGCCGCCACCUAGCGUCAGGAUAGAGGAAGUGGAGAAAAGGAAACAGAACAAGCCCAGUGGGUUCGGUUUGCACUACUGCAAGGCUUUACAAUCGGAUUACAUUGAAUACGUGGACGAGCUCCUGACCUAUAUCAAUGCAAAGCCCAACCUCUUCUCUCUGCUCCUGACCGACCCACGCCUGGCCUUGGCCAUCUUCUUUGGUCCCUGCUCACCAUACCAGUUCCGCCUGACAGGCCCAGGAAAAUGGCAAGGAGCCAGAAACACCAUCCUGACACAGUGGGACCGAACCCUCAAGGCCACCAAAACUCGAACUGCACGAGAAUCCCCGUCUUCCUUUGAAAGUCUGUUUAAACUCAUUAGUUUGCUGGCUUUCCUUGUUGUUAUUUUCCUGAUUUUUCUAUAA